AUGGCUUUCAUGGCUACAUUCUUGAAUUUAAUUGUCAUGCUUUCAGUUGUUUCUACAGGCAAAUCACUGAGCUUAAACUACUAUGAAAAGACAUGCCAUGAUCUGGAGUUUAUUGUUUUGAAGGCAGUGAAGGAUGCUACUGCUAAGGACAAAACUGUUCCAGCAGCACUUCUGCGAAUGCACUUCCAUGAUUGCUUCGUUCGGGGAUGUGACGCCUCUGUGCUGCUAAACUCGAAAGGAAACAACAAAGCAGAAAAGGACGGACCACCAAACAUUUCCUUGCAUGCAUUCUAUGUUAUUGAUAAUGCAAAGAAAGCAUUAGAAGCUAAAUGCCCUGGCGUAGUUUCUUGUGCUGAUAUCCUUGCUCUCGCUGCAAGAGACGCCGUUUAUCUGUCUGGAGGACCAAAAUGGGAUGUUCCUAAAGGAAGAAAGGAUGGAAGAACAUCUAAGGCCAGUGAAACAAGACAGUUACCAGCACCAACAUUCAAUAUAUCACAACUGCAAACAAGCUUCUCGCAAAGAGCAUUGUCAGCCGAAGACUUGGUAGCUCUGUCAGGAGGGCAUACCUUAGGUUUCUCUCACUGCUCAUCUUUCCGGAACAGAAUCCAAAACUUUAAUGCUACACAUCAUGUGGACCCUUCAUUAAAUCCGUCGUUCGCAGCAAAACUAAAAUCAACUUGUCUGUUGAAAAAUAAUGCAAAAAAUGCUGGCGCCACGAUGGAUCCUUCUUCAACAACUUUCGAUAAUACAUAUUACAAGUUGAUCCUCCAACAAAAAGGCUUGUUUUCUUCUGAUCAGGCUUUACUUAACAGCCCAAACACCAAGCGUUUGGUUUCUAAGUUUGCCGCCUCACAAGAGGCUUUCUACAAAGCUUUUGCAAAGUCCAUGAUCAAAAUGAGUAGCAUCAACGGUGGGCAGGAAGUUAGAAAGGACUGCAGAAAAAUCAAUUAG